AUGAAGUGGUCAAUCGUUUACUAUACAUAUCUUUCGUCGCUGGUUUCCACGGCUCUCUCUUCUUUCACGCCAUGCCCUAUCCUCGGACCUGCAUAUCCACAAUUCAAUGUUAACACCAAUGACACAGCUAUUUUCAAAGCUCUGAACGAGUUGACAGAUAGCUUCGAUGAGCUGACAACCAAGUUUGAUGGACCGAAUGGACCUAUAUCGCCCAGGACAUCAUUCAGCAUUGCAGUCUUCUCCACGAACAAGGGAAAUGCUGCAGAUAACCCAGCCUUUUGGCAGUAUCACUAUACUUCCAAAAAAUUGAAAGGAAACUCAAGUGAAGACAGCUCUCUGGAUGUUGAUGAGAACAGCAUAUACCGGAUUGGUGGAUUGACCGAAGCUUUCACCGUCUGGAGUUUGUUGCUGAGCCAGGGUGAACAUAUCUGGAAUGAUUCCAUCUUGAAGUAUCUGCCGGAACUGGCCAAUGAAUCUAGCUUGACCCACGAAAAAAUGAAUCCAAUCAAGUAUCCACAGUGGGAUGAGAUUACUGUUGGACAGCUGGCCACCCACAUGAGUGGUCUUGCUCGAGACUACUGUAUUCAUGACCUGACGACCGAAACUGGCUUCUCCAAGGCUGGAUUUCCCUCCAAGUCUGGCUAUAGGCAGCCAUGCUGUGGGGAUAAAGCUCAAUGCAGCAACAUUGACUACAUCACGAACUUGACGUCCCGUGUGCCGGUUACUGCAGCGGGCGCGACACCCAUCUACUCCAACUUGGGAUUCCAGAUCAUGGGAUACAUGCUAGAAAAACAAACAAAAAGCUCCUUCGCCGAGCUCGUCCAGAACAGAAUCCUCGCCCGGCUCAGCAUGAACGCGACUAGCAUCUUUGCCCCUAAAGACUCAUCUUUAGGAAUCAUCCCAGUCAGCAAAGAGGCUAGUGGCUGGUCAUCACGCAACGUAGGAGAUAAAUCAUCAAAGUCGAUGUUCUCAAGUGCUCGAGACCUCGCCAUCGCUGGAAAAGCCAUCCUCAGCUCCGAUCUACUUUCACCCGCUGAAACACGUCGCUGGCUGAAGCCGUUUGCUCAAACUUCGAACCCUAAAAACUCCGUCGGUGCACCUUGGACUAUCUACAGUGGCGGAAGCUACCCCGAUACCUCCAUGGUCCCCGUGUACACUCUCCUCAGUAACGAAGGGGAAGACGAAGGCUUGUAUAGUUCCUACCUUGGUCUGGUCCCAGACUACGGAAUUGGUUAUGCUAUUCUCUCGGCAGACACUGAGUCCCCUGCCGAUCUGAAUGCUCAUGCAGACUACAUGCAGGCAAUCCUGGAUGGCGUGGUGACGACCGCGACAAGCCAGGCAGUGGCUAACUUUGGGGGACCCUAUGCUGCUGAGAAAGGGAAUUCUUCGAUUUCCAUCAAGUAUGAUCAGAAUGAUACAUUACCUGGACUGUGGAUCGAUGAAUUUGUUAGCAAUGGUGUGAAUUUCAAGAAAACACUAGCUGAUAUCUUGGGCAUGGACAAUGGAACUGUUCUGAGUAUUCGGUUGUAUCCUACCCAGCGGACUGAGGAAGACUGCCACUGCAAGGCAUCUAAGCAGGUCUUCAGGGGAGUAAUGCAGGACAAGACGGAACUUGCGGAUGCAGAGACUCCUACUUGUGUGUCGUGGCAGGGUGUAGAUAAGCUGCAGUACAACGGUCAUGGUCUGGAUGAGUUUGUGUUCACGGUUGAUGAGGCUGGAAGCGCUCUCAGUGUUGAGAUUCCAGCACUGAACGUAACCCUUGCGAGAGUGGAGGAGUAG